AUGGGCAAGCUCAUACGACUGGAGCUUUUCAAUUUCAAAUCCUACAAGGGGCACCACACCCUUCUAUUUGGCGACUCCUAUUUCACCUCCAUCAUCGGUCCCAAUGGCUCCGGAAAGUCAAACUCCAUGGACGCUAUAUCCUUCGUUCUGGGUAUCAAGUCGUCACACCUGCGAUCCACGCAUCUUCGCGACCUCGUCUACCGCGGUCGCGUGAUGAAAACCUCCAAAAUUCAGGACGACGGAACCGCUGCGCCGGCUACGAAUGGCAACCACAUCAACGGUACCGAGAAUGGCGAGGACGAAGGCUCCUCGCAACGAGCAUCUCGGAAUGACCCAAAGACGGCCUGGGUCAUGGCCGUCUAUGAGGACGAUGCUGGUGACGAACAACGGUGGAAGCGGACCAUUACGAGCAACGGUUCUAGCGAAUACCGCAUCAACGACCGCAUAGUCACCGCACAACAGUAUAACCAGGCGCUGGAGGAAGAAAACAUUUUGAUUAAGGCGCGGAAUUUCCUCGUCUUUCAAGGAGAUGUCGAGGCAAUUGCGUCCCAAUCCCCACAGGAUCUGACGCGCCUGAUCGAGCAGAUAUCGGGGAGUCUAGAGUACAAGGCUGAGUACGAGAGGCUCCAGGCAGAGGCCGAGCAGGCCGCAGAGAACCAGAAUUUCCAACUCCACAGGAGGAGGGGCAUCAACUCGGAAAUCAAACAGUAUCAGGAGCAGAAGAAAGAGGCUGAAAAUUUCCAGAAAAAAAACGAGGAGCGAGAUGAGGCAGUCAUCACACAUAUCCUGUGGAAGCUCUAUCACUUCCAGCGCGUAAUGGACGAGUCUAGCGCCAAGAUCCAGGAGCAUCAGGAGAACCUCAAGGAGUUUCGCCGUAACGUGGAGGCCUUUGAGAAGAAACUUGAAGCGGCCCGCAAGGAGCAAGCAACCACCGGACGCGAGGUCAGCAAAGUUGAAAAGAGCAUAAAGGCUAAAGAGAAGAGCAUUGAAGACAGAGAAAACAGCCUCGUCCCAGUGGAUGAGAAGAUAUCACAGAGCUCUCAGGACAUAGCCCUGCUUCAGAAGCGGAUUGUCGACGUCAAGAAGGACCGGGACGAGAAGGCGGCAAACGUCCAAAAACUGAAAAAAGACCUGGCCACGGUAGAGAAGGCACAUCAACAAUUUGAGAAGCAGUGGUCCGAGACGCUAAAGAAACAAGGCAAAGAGCUGAGCGACGCGGACCGUAAGGAGUACACAACCCUUCAAGCAGAGGCCAUGAGAAAAUCAUCAGAUAACAGGGCAAAGCUGGCCAAUCUGGAGCGCCAGCUAAAAAGCGACGAGGUGACGGUAAACAGUCUCAAAGGCAAGAUUGACAAUUUCGAGGGAGCCGUGGAGAAACUACAAAGUGAGGUCCAGGCGAUCAAGGAUCGCAGGAACGCUAGCCAAGAUUCUGUUCGCCAAAUCACGAGCGAUAUUGAUGCCAAAAAGAAGGAGUUUAACGGCGUCCAAUCUGAGCGCAUCAGGAUCAACAACAGGCAUACCGAACUGGAAGAAAAGCUCCGCGAGGUGCUGAGGAAGCUUGACGACGCAGAUAUGGGACGAAGACAAAACGAAAAGGAGAUGAAGAUGAGAAACAUGAUCAGCGAUCUUAAGCGCAUCUACCCUGGCGUCCGGGGACGAGUUGGCGAGCUGUGCAAGCCCAAGCAGAAAAAGUUCGAUGAAGCCGUCAUCACUGCGCUGGGUCGCGAAUUCGACGCAGUCGUUGUUGACACCGAGAAGACUGGCGUCGACUGUGUUCAGUACCUUAAAGACCAGCGGUUUCCACCGAUUACCUUCAUCCCUCUCGACAACAUCAAAGUCAACACUUCCAACUCUGCCGUAAAGGGCAUUUCUGGUGCACGGUUAACCAUCGACACUAUCGACUUUGACCCUUCGCUGGAACGGGCAAUUGCAUACGCCUGUGGUGGCUCGGUAGUCUGCGACAGUCUCGACGUUGCCAAGGACAUAGUUUAUAACAAGAAGAUCCAGGUCAAAGCGGUAACUCUUCAGGGAUACGUCAUCCACAAAGCCGGCACCAUGUCCGGUGGUCGGUUGCCAGACGAGAAGGGAGGGAAGCGCCGCUUUGAGGAGCACGACGUCCAGAACCUGCAGCGAAUAGCCGAGAAGUUCAGAGACGACAUUGCCAAGUUGCCUCGGCCGGGGAGGCGAGGGGCUGCCGAAGAGGCUCUGCAAAACGAGAUUGCUGCGCUGGAACAACGCCUCCGCCUCCAGCAGAGCGAGCUGGUUGCCUUUGAAAAGAACCUCAAGAGCAAAGAGAAGGAGCUUAGCCAUGCAAAAAAGGAACUCAAGGAAUAUGAGCCCAAAUAUGCGGAGAAGGAAGGGGAGCUGCAGCGCACCCGUGCCACGGUGCAAAAGUUCGAAAAGGCCAUCGCUGACGUCGAGGAUAAAAUCUUCGCUGGGUUCUGCAAGAGGCUCGGGUACGAGAAUAUCCGUGCCUACGAAGCUCAGCAAGGUAGUCUCGAGCAGGAGGCUGCACAGAAGCGUCAAGAUUUCGACCUGCAGAAGCAGCGCAUCCAGAACAGUUUGUCUUGGGAGCUAUCACAGCAGAGCACAGCCUCUGACCGGAUUCGUGCUAUGGAGGCGACGCUGCAGCGCCACCAAAAAGACCUGGAAGCCUACCAACAGGAGAAAUCGGAUAUUGAGGAAGCGAUGGCACAGGACCAGGACGAGCUCGAGGCUCUCCAGGAGUCACUGGAAGAGGUCCGGGCCAGCCAUGCUGAAAAGACCAAAAAGGUUGCCGAGGCAAAGCAGGAUCUACAGAAGAAGAGCAAGGAGAUCGAGGCCAGGUUAAAGGAGAUUAGUAGCCUCGAAUCGACCGUGCAGAAGAACAGCGCUGGGAAGUUUGCGCUCCUGAGGAGAUGCAAGCUAGAGCAGAUUCAAAUUCCAUUGCGGAAGGGCUCGCUCGAAAACAUUCCAAACGAGGAUGUGCUACUCCGGAAAGAUCAAGAUGCCAUGGAGAUGGACGAGGAAGAGGACGAAGACGAAGUCCUGGAAGCUGCCAUGGACGAUUACGGCAUCGAAGUGGACUUUGACGGCCUAGACGAUAGUCUCAAGAAUGCAAGUCUCCGCUCCUACAAGCUCCAGGAACGGAUCAACUCGCUCACGGCAGAAUUGGAGAAGCUCAACCCCAACAUGCGCGCCAUGGAGCGCCUUGAGAGCGUCAAAUCGCGCCUGGAGGCCACCGAAAAGGACUUUGAGGAUUCUCGCGUCGCUCUACGCGCUGCUCGCGAGGCCUUCGCCCAAGUCAAGGCGAAGCGCUUCGAAACAUUCAACCGCGCUUUCACCCACAUCCAGGAGCAGAUAACCCACGUGUACAAGGACCUCACGCGGUCUGACGCCUACCCGCUCGGCGGGCAGGCGUAUCUCGACAUUGAGGAGGAUACGGACACGCCGUACCUGUCGGGGAUCAAGUACCACGCCAUGCCGCCGCUCAAGCGGUUUCGCGACAUGGAGCACCUCUCGGGCGGUGAGAAGACCAUGGCGGCAUUGGCGCUGCUCUUCGCCAUCCACAGCUACCAGCCUAGCCCGUUUUUCGUUCUGGACGAGGUGGACGCCGCGCUGGACAAUGCCAACGUUGAGAAGAUCAAGAAGUAUAUCCGGGAGCAUGCUGGGCCGGGCAUGCAGUUCAUCGUCAUCAGCCUGAAGCCGACGCUCUUCCAGGACAGUGAGAGCUUGGUGGGCGUGUACAGGGAUCAGGACAUCAAUAGCUCGAGGACUCUGACUUUGGAUGUGAGUGGCCUUCCUUUCCUGCUAUCUUUUUGGUUGACCUUUUACUGA